GCAGAGUGUGUGUCUCAAAAGUUAAACUUCCUAAUUUGCAUAAAUUGAUUGAAGGAGCUAAAAAGUUAAUAAAUAAGUGAAUUUUUGGUAGAAGUGAUGUCUGAAAAACUCUUCAAAUAAGACAAGUGGUGUUGAAAGUGUAUGCAGAUCAACUGCCACAAGCUAAAAGAUGUUAAUUGAUCUAUCGAAAAUGAGAAUAACCUUCUUUAACCGGAUUUACUAAAUCCUUGAAUUUGUGAGCGUUUGCUUAUUUUAAUUUGAAUUAUGCAAAUAUCAUUAAUUUUUCAUAAAAUAUCACCAAAUAUUGUGUGAAGGAGUACUUCUUGGUACAAAGUGAAAUGUGAAAAGUGCAUUUUGUCAAAAAAAAAAAAAAUAAAAUUGCCAUUGGAUUAAAAAUCAAAAAUAAACAUAUUAAAGAACUAGGUCCUGUGGCGUCGUUAAGAACUUCCGGAUGUGAAUCGAAAACAAAUAACUGUGGUAUUUGAAGUCUCAAUUACCUCGGAAAACGUGAGACGCUGUGCAGUGAGAGACUUGCAAUAAAAUCCAUUCUCCCACACAAUUCACUCCUAAAACGUUGCUCCAAGUAAAACAAACGGUCAAGGUCUUGCAGCAAUUAUGAUGGUGAAAGCAUCAAUAACCGUCCUUGUCGCUGUUUAUGUGAUCGGGCGCGCCAGUCCGUCUAGUGCAGUCCCGCCUCCGUCAGAGAUCAUAGAGUUCAAGUGCGCCUUUCCGGAUGACUAUCUGUAUGCCGUUCCCGGAACUCUGUGUCGCUCCUACUACAAGUGCCAGGGAGGCCAUGGGGCACAGUAUCAAUGUCCCAAUUCCACUGUAUUCAAUUUCUUCAAGCAAACUUGUUCGAGCUCAUCAGGAGUUUGCUAUGAGGCUGUUUGCAGAGGACGUAAGGAUGGGAAUUACCCAGACACAACUCAUGCUUGCCGCAGGGCUUUUAUUUGUCGUGGAGGAUCACUCGUUGGUCUCUUUAACUGCCCCUCUAGACAUGUUUUCAACGGAGCUUCUUGUAUUAGUGAAGAGUCUGGGGCAUGUGAACCUCCAGAAUCCACAGCCAUUGCCUAUCCAUAUGCAGGUGAUCAAAGAUGUCGCGGAUUGCCAGAUGGACACAAUCCCCUGCCAACAGAUUGCUGUCGCUUCCUUAUUUGUGCUAAUGGAGAAGUUUCUGAGGAGAAACUAUGUCCCAAUGGCCAAAGAUUCGACAGUUCUACGAAAAAAUGUGUUCCACCAGAUCAAGUGCCUUGUAUAGUGCACAAUCCCUGUCUCGGAAAGGCUACAGGACUCCAUGCAGAUGAGUUAUCCUCAAACUGUCGAGACUACGUGAAAUGUAGUGAAAAUUCUAUAGUAGCUCGGCUAAAUUGCGGUGAUCAGGGAGUUUUCAAUGGGAAGCAGUGUGUACCAGUAGGGCUCUAUGAAUGCCCUCAAGAUAGACUUCCUAAUCCCCAAGCGGCUUUUAAUAUUUGUCGAACUAAAUCGAAUGGAUUUCAUUUGGAUCUCCGUAGGGGAUGUCGCUAUUACGUUAAAUGCACAUCAGGACGUAUCAUUAACACUUAUGAAUGCCCUAAUGGGAACUUCUUCGACAGUGAAUUACGCAGCUGUAUCCCGGAAAAUAAACAACAAUGCGAGGAUCCAACUCCUUCACGUGAUUGUGAAUUUUCAAUUGGAUCUUUUCAGGAUAAAACUGAUAACACAGACUGCACUCGCUACUUCUACUGCUACAACGGCCUCAAGACCCGUUUAAAGUGUCCUGAGGGCAAAGUCUUCGAUGGUGAGGACUGUGUCCCAAAAUCUGUAUACCAAUGCCCAACAGCGGAUAGUAAUUUUUGCGAAGGCAAACCAGACGGAUACUACAAGGAUCCUUCAGGAGGAUGUCGCUCAUAUUUUAGCUGCAUUCACGGCAGGAAAUUCACCUACCUCUGUGCCGAAGGGCAAAUCUUCAAUGGUUCCCGCUGUACCGAUCGUCGUCCUGGGGAACAAUGUGAUCGCGAUGAGUGCGUAGAUAAACCCGAUGGCUACUAUCCUGAUCAAGUCAGUGAUUGCCAUAAAUAUUUCUUCUGUCUCAGAGGCGAAAAAAUUACCACACUAACGUGUCGAAAUGGGAAAGUCUUUAAUGGACAGGGAUGCGUAGAGCCUGGCAUGUUUUCCUGCCAGACAUUCACGCCAAAAUGCAUGGAACAUUCAUGUGAAGUAGAAAAGUGCCAUAGGGAUGGAUUCUUCAUGGACAUCUCGUCGGGAUGUCGCAACUACUUCUUCUGCAUCGGUGGCAAGAAGAGUGUACUGUCCUGUUCCGAAGGACACCUAUUCAACGGUGAACUCUGUGUACCCCGAAAGACUUUCCACUGUCCGAGUUUCUGUCAACCUCAGAAUCAAUGUUCUUAGUUCAAUAUCCACCUUACCCCCAAUUGAUGGUUUCUUUGAAAAUGUGCCGUGAAUUAUUUAAUUUGUAAUCCCUUAAGACUCUCUGGCUCAAACCGAUCUCAUAUAAACGAUUUUAUUCACAAAAUAUUUGAUCAUUUUCUUCAACGAUUUAAUCACCGAUUUCCAUUUGAGCCUAGUGUUGUAGGUAAAUGUAAGUAAUCGUCUUUUGGAUUAGAAAAAGUAUACCUUCUAUAUUAUUAAAGCCAUUCUUAGCAUAGAAAUUAUUCAGAAAAAUUCCAAUUUGUGGAAUUUAAGGCCAGUACCUUUAGUUUUAAGGUUGAAUUUCAGUACGAUUUGUCAUAAAUCCAAACAAUAAUUACCUCAUUAGCUAAUAGAAAAA